GCCGCCACUCCGGCUCCUCACUGCGCAAGUGCGGCGGCCGGAGAGCGUGGGGCGUCUGGAGGCUGCGGGCUGCGGGCCCUCAGGAGCGCGGGGUUUGGGCCUGCGAUCACCGGCUCCAGCCGCGCCCUGCCCGAGGCAGCGAGGCCCGCGAGCGGAUCCCCCCCGCGCCCUGGGCUGUGUGGCCAUGGAGAACCAGGUGCUGACGCCGCACGUCUACUGGGCUCAGCGGCACCGCGAGCUGUACUUGCGCGUGGAGCUGAGUGACGUGCAGAAUCCUGCCAUCAGCAUCGCUGAAAAUGUACUGCAUUUCAAAGCUCAAGGACAUGGUGCCAAAGGAGAUAAUGUCUAUGAGUUUCACCUGGAGUUCUUGGACCUUGUGAAGCCAGAGCCGGUUUACAAACUGACCCAGAGGCAGGUAAACAUUACGGUACAGAAGAAGGUGAGCCAGUGGUGGGAGAGACUCACCAAGCAGGAGAAGCGCCCCCUGUUUUUGGCCCCUGACUUUGAUCGCUGGCUGGACGAGUCUGAUGCGGAAAUGGAGCUCCGAGCCAAGGAAGAAGAACGCCUAAAUAAACUCAGAAUGGAAAGCGAAGGCUCCCCUGAAACUCUUAUAAACUUGAAGAAAGGAUACCUCUUCAUGUAUAAUCUUGUGCAAUUCUUGGGAUUCUCGUGGAUGUUUGUCAACAUGACUGUGCGGUUCUUUAUCCUGGGAAAAGAGUCCUUCUAUGACACAUUUCACACCAUAGCUGACAUGAUGUAUUUCUGCCAGAUGUUGGCGGUUGUGGAGUCUAUCAAUGCAGCAAUUGGAGUCACUAAGUCACCAGUGAUACCUUCUGUUAUCCAGCUUUUUGGAAGAAAUUUCAUUUUGUUUAUCAUCUUUGGCACUAUGGAAGAAAUGCAAAACAAAGCCGUGGUUUUCUUUGUGUUUUAUAUGUGGAGCACAAUUGAAAUUUUCAGGUACCCCUACUACAUGCUUUCCUGCAUUGACAUGGAUUGGAAAGUGCUCACAUGGCUUCGUUACACUGUGUGGAUUCCUGUAUAUCCGCUGGGAUGUUUGGCAGAAGCUGUCUCAGUGAUCCAGUCCAUUCCAGUGUUCAACGAAACAGGGAGAUUCAGUUUCACAUUGCCAUAUCCCAUGGAAAUCAAAGUUAGAUUUUCCUUUUUUCUUCAGAUUUAUCUUAUAAUGUUAUUUUUAGGGUUAUACAUAAAUUUCCGUCACCUUUAUAAACAGCGCAGGCGGCACUAUGGACAAAAAAAGAAAAAGAUCCACUGAAAAGAGAUUUAGAAGACUUCUUAACAUGUAGACUUUUGAGCCUAAUCUAUAAUUCUUACAGUUUUACCUUCUUAUACUGAUGUAAAAGUUUUUUUAAAGUUAAAUGAUUAAAUUCUCAGUAAGGCUAUCUUCCCUUUUCCCCAGUUACAUCCUGAAUUUAUUGUAUUAUCUUAGUGUAGUACUUGCAUGAUAUCUGAUGACAGGUUUGUUCUUUUGUAAUCUAUUAGUGACAUCAGACUCAGCCCUGUCCCCACCCACUCCAUGUCCAGUCAUUCUGUUUCACACAAGCCAGAGAUUUCAUCAGCGCCCUGAACCUACUAGGUACUGGCCUUUCUUACAGCUGGAAUGUGUUCUUUUCAGCUAUUGAUUGUGGAAGAAAAACAAGACUGUUUUUGCUUUAUCGGAGGCUAUGAAAGUGACCUAGGCAGGACCUAAUAUAUUCUGUACCCAAAAGGUUACUUAAUAAGUGUAGUGGCAUUGAUUUUUUGAAAAUCUGUUUGACUCAGUCACUGAUAAAACAUUUGAGUCCAAGUGGGCCUCAAGCAUCCAUAUUACCUCUGAAUUUUUUGGCCUCUCUAACGAUAUCUGUUACUAUACAGUACUUACCUGUGUGGACACAGAAUGAUUUGAGAGAAACCAGUCAGAACCUUGGAACACCAUGAUCACUUACUUCAUUCCAAGAUAAAUCAGAACUAUUUUCAACUUUAAAGAAAGAUGAAAUACUAGUUAGAAAAUAAUGAGAUUAUAAGAGUUCCAACACCAAAUGGUUAAAGGGGUCAGAAGGGUCAAACUGGCCACAAGACAGCUGUCUGCAAUGCAGCCUGUAGCGAACUGGAAACACUGGAGUAGGCCAGUCUGAACACACCUGCAAAACUGCCUUAGGCUGUGCCCAAACAUAAAAAACUCCAGCUUCUCUCCCCUGACCUGGGUAAGUCCAUUUGUGUACCUGUCAGAGUACGUGGUGGGGUGUCUGUUUUUUAGUAGACCUCAAAACACCUGCUUUUAUUCUGCUGUUUCACUUCUGAAGUUGGACAGUGAACAGAGAACACUGGCUAGAGAACCACCAGCUGGUCCAUUAACACAGGUCCUGGCAGGAAACCCACCAACAGAGGAACUGAAAAAAAUCUAGGCAUUAUGAAGUUUGGCCAUUGUCAAAAACAUCCAUUUCUUCCACAUUCCAAGCAAAAUGUGUUAGAAGUAAUGCUUGUAUGAAAGAAUUUAAGGAACGAUUGCUCAAUUGUGCUAUUCCCAUUGUUCCUGGGGGAAAAGGGGACUAAAUGAGCUAUGCUGUUUCUCUGAGCCCAAGAUGGAAACUUGGUUUGACCUAAAAACAUAUGAUUAACAUAGGCUGGCUGAUUUUUUUACAAGUUCAUUGCACUGAAGGAUAUUUUGCAUGUCUGUAUCUUCUGUCAAUACUUGUUUGUAUUAAUUUCUGAUAUUCUUUCACCUGAGUUUGUGUGUAAUUAGGCAGAUCAGCUUUGCAGCAGAUUAUGCUGCAUCUGUGGCAGAAUCUUACAUUCUUACAAGCCUUUUUGUUGCUGUCUGAGAAAACAAAAGAUUGUGUAUUUCUAUUAAACAUUUACAGUCAAAAGCCCAA